GAAAUCAAGCCAUAUUACGCGAUAAUGAACAGCGGCGGUCAGACACAGAGCACGCGAUACUCGGCAAAAAUGAUCCUACUGAGACUGAACGGAUUGAGGCAAAGGGGCAGUUCAAGACGCAACAAAUAGAACAGAGCGCAGGUGUCUCGAGACGCGUUUUUAACAGUUGACGUUACAAUCUGACUUGACACGGAGUCUUAAAACGCGGCGACACAUGUCCGUCCAGCGCAUAUUUACAUAGGAAAACAAUUGAAAAACACGUUCGGUGUGAACGGCCCCUGAGGCAGCGCAUUUUCCGUGGAAAACAUUUUCUGAAUCACACGUGGAAAGAAACUUUUUGAGGCUGGACCAAGUGGACCUCUUAAUAGAUAAGUAACUUUGUCACAAUAAACAGGUGCGUCUCGACGACUGAUAUUACAUAUAACAAUGUCCGAACAGAUAACCAUGGAAAACUGUUGUGAAUACCUUUGCACCGCCAAAACUCAAACACUCGGUGAGCUGGAAGCCAAGGUGUAUAGAUUUCUGAGUGAUAAUUUCUUGCGCGUAUUGCGUGAGUCCAGUGUCUAUGGGCGUUUGACAGGAGCGGAAAGGGAGCUGAUUUUGUCCUUGCGGAUGAGGGGGAAGGAGUCUUUGAUAGUGGCCGAAAUUAGCGACGUGUUUGAACGUGUUGGAAGCCGAGAGAGCAGCCGUCCUGAAAGUCCUCUAUCCACUGCGUCCUUGGAUGAGAGAUGCGGCAUGUACUAUUACAGCAGUGAUUAUAAAGACUGGAAAAUCCUGACCAAGAUCCCUGAGGAGGUUAACACAAAAGGCUGCGGAAUAUGCACCAUGUACAACUACCUAUUCGUGGCAGGAGGAAUUAAAGGACAUGGAGACGCAAGUAGGGUUUCAGACAAAGUGUUCUGCUACAAUCCAAUGACCGACACCUGGAGUGAAAUCAGAUCCCUCCAUCAGCCUCGGGCACAACUGAAACUGGUCUCAAUGGACGGCUACCUUUACGCCAUAGGCGGCGAGUGUCUUUUCACAGUGGAGAGAUACGACCCUCGGAUGGAUAGGUGGAGUCCUGUUGCUCCACUACCCAAAGGGGCGUUUGCCGUGGCGCACGAAGCGACAACCUGUAACGGAGAUCUGUACGUGUCAGGCGGAUCCUUGUUUUAUCGCCUUCUCAAGUAUGACCUCAAGCGGGACGAGUGGCAAGAAUGUCCUUACAACAACAGUAGGAAAAAAUCUGCGGACAUGCUGGCGUACAAAAACUUUAUCUUUAGGUUUGAUGUUAACCGUGAGCAGGGUGUCAACGUGUUCAAGUACAACGCGGUACUGAAAAUGUGGCAACAGUGCGCGUCCCUGCAGCAAGCAAACCUCGGUGCUUUCAAAUGCGCACUCAUGGACAGCUGCAUAUUUUGUGUAACCAGAUCGCAAUUAUUGCAGUUCAGUGUGGAGGAGGGAAAGGAGCACUUUGUAAAUGGAUCAUUCAAAGCGCCUUUAGAGGCCAGAGGUGUCUUGCAUCCCUUUACUCUGCACCUGCCAAACAACAAAUAAAUGGGGCGCAAACAUGUAUUGCGUCAGAUA